CAGAUGUUAAAUCAUUAAGUUGCCUUUCACAGCUGAUGUCUGUAGGUAUAAAAAGAGUAGAAAUGCUGCUUUUUAUAAAUAUAUAGGAAGAUAAGAUUUACAGAGCCAACCAAAAGAAACUACAUACUGAAACAAUUUCAGUGGGCCAGGCAUAUGCUUAGAAUAAUGAAAGCAAGACAUCUAAAUGUCUCUUGGAUGUUCUGAGGUGUUCAAACAUCUCAGUGAAAAGUGAGAAAGGUCCAAGUGCACUUUACAUUUCUCCUGUGAGUUUUAUUCACUUUCACUUUAUGUGAAAAUAAGGAGCAAACUGCACGUGGUUAAGGUCCAUCUUUAGAACUGACAGAGCCAUGGAAGCAGCUCCUUCUGUGGCUACGUUAUGAAGACUGCAGUGCUCCUUGAAGUUUCAAGGGCCCCAAAAUGGAAAAAAAUUGAAGUCUAACAAAGUAGAAUACUCUCCAGAUGGAAGAACCAUGUGUGCAGAGACACUUAAAUCUGUGGUCUCCUGAUGUUAGACCCAAAGCAUCCUUCACUAAGGGUAAGGUAAUCCCCAGAUUAGUGUUGACAGGAACAUGGUGAAGAAGCACCCUUGUUUCAUUCAAAUGUGCUGGUGUGUGCAACUGGUUUAUAGGAAUAAAAAAAAGAGUAAGCUAUGCAAUGGUUACAGGCAUUUCUGAAAUGCACAGUUCCUCAGUGUUCAGGAAUUGUUAAGAACAAAUCCUUAUUGCUUUCUCUUCACCAAUAACAAUUUUGUAGUCCAAUGCAGUAUGUAGCAAGAUGGUAGGAAAAAAAUUAAGGCCAGCUUGUUUGGUAAAGUUGUAUGAAAAUGAGAGGAGUUGCAGUGGGAGAUGCUAGAUACCUUCAGUAAAAAGGUUGUUUAUACCUAUUUUUACACAAACUUUAUGACUGACCAAGUUAUCAUCGAAUAUUUAGAAUCCAUGAAACAACUCGUUAUAAUCUGAAUUCUUUUUUUUGACAGUGCAUCUAAUUUAAAGAUGAAUUACACUUGCACUAGAGGAGAGGAAAAGGUGCCUGAUGAUGAACUGGAGUGCAAAAUCUGUUAUCAGAGAUUUACUGUUCAUAGUCGUAAGCCCAAAAUCUUGGAUUGUCUUCACAGAAUCUGUGCUAGAUGUUUGACUAAAAUACUUCAUCUAGGAGACAGAUCUCUCUGUGUUAGCUGUCCCUUUUGCCGCCAUGAGACAGAGUUGCAUGAAGAUGAAGUCGAAGGACUCCCCAAUGAUACAAAUAUUAUGUCCAAGCUUGUAUUAAAAGACAAAACAACAUGGAAUUCUGACUGUAAAGAAGUAGUUUUAACACCAAAAACCUUGGCUGCUUCAAGUUCUUCCCAUGGAUCAUCAAACUGCUUAGUAAUUACAAUUAUGGAAGUACAAAGAGACUCCCCACGGACUUCCAGUCAAAGUACUGCCUCAGAUUAUUAUGCUGACCAUGGCACUGAGUCAGUAUCUCUAAGUUCUCAGAGUCAGCUGGACCAAGAUCUCUUUUCAAAGCUAUGCAAGCAUGUACCCAGAAUACUGGUAUGGCUGCUUGGAUUUCUUUACUUUGGUUCCCUCCCUCUUGGGAUCUACUUACUAGUAAUUCAGAAAGUGACCCUAGGUGUUGUGUGUGUGAGUUUUGUUCCCUCCAGUCUAACUGUAUGUCUCGUGUAUGGCUUCUGCCAGUGCCUCUGCCAUGGAAUUUGUGACUGCUCUUCACGAAGCUGAUACGCAGUGUUUUAUCAAUUAGUAAAUUUUUAACUGAAACAUAAACCAACACAACUUUAAUCAGACUUUAACGGACUGUUAAAAAUGCGUAUAGUAUGACAUAUAUGUAUUUUUGUUAAAGCACAAUAACUUCUGUGAAUACUGGCAAAAUGACAACAUGGUAUUGUUGUGGGUUUUCUUUUACUAAAAAAAUGGAGGUUACUGUCACCUGUUCUGUACGUAACAAAUGGCUUUAGACCAACAUCACAUUAACUGUGAAUAGAACAGAUAUUUGAAGGUUAUUUAUUAGAUAAAAAAAAAACCCCAAACAACCCACACCCUGUUUUUAUCAAAUACGUUGUCACUGUUUUUAAAAACAGAUGAAGAUCAGAAAUGCUGGGUAUGACCUGUUUAAAAAGCCAAGUGUCCCAUUACAAGCUAGUUCACAUUUGAGUCAAAUAUUUUCUGACAUCAAAGGGAAAUAAAAGUUGCAUUAAAUAUUCUGCUCUACAAUCAGAUUUUUCAGAAAAAUUUUGAGUCAUGAGAAUUAUAACAAAGCAGCUUGUAGCUGAAUCUUAAAGGCCCAGUUAAAGAAGUUUUUAAGUAAGCUUUAAUAUUUGUCAUGAUUUGGUAUGCCUGAAAAAUUAUCUGACAUAAACCAAAGUAUAUAAAAGUAGAAAUGAACCUAAUUUAUUUUGAAAAUUAAAAUACCAAAGUAAGUUUUGUUUCCUUAACAUUGUUCCUGCACAAAAAUGAUUUAUUUUUCUGAAUAUUUUUAUUCAACCUAUUUAAUACUGCUCUACUGUUAUUUUCUGAAUUUCGUAUGGUUGUACUGAGAACCUACAAAGUAUUUUACAUAGUGAAUGACUUUAUAAUAAAGUUUGUUUACAGUAAUUGCUAAAGUUCCAAACUAACAAUGGGUAUUUGUAAAGAGAAUCACUUUUAAUUUGCUACCUAACUUAAGAAUACACAGUUUAAAAUAUGUAAUAAAGCUGUGUAUAUAAAUAGCUACAUG